GUUUCAAGAAGCACAAUGAACAGAAGAUUGAAAGAACACACCCUGUCUGUCAGAGCCUGCUAUUCCAACAUUUCAGAUGAAGAACUUGAUAAUGUUGUAAGAUCAAUAAAAAUAAGAAUGCCACAUGCAGGCUACAGACUAAUGAAAGGUGAACUUUUGGCAAGAGGGCACCGGGUACAGUGGCACAGGAUGAAGGCCUCUAUGCGACGGGUGGAUGGAGCUGGAAUUUUGGCCAGAAUGAUUCAGCUUGGUUUCAUAGCUCGCAGAAGCUACUCUGUUCCUGCACCAUUGUCCUUAGUUCACGUGGACACCAAUCAUAAGCUAAUCACAUUCAAUAUUGUGAUAUUUGGUGGGAUUGAUGGUUUCUCAAGGAAGAUCCUAUACCUUGAUGCUGCUGAAAACAACAAGGCAUCAACUGCCUUCUCAUUCUUUCUGGAGGGUGUUCACAAACAUGGGUGGCCUUCAAGAGUACGUGGUGACCAGGGAGUGGAAAACGUGGAUAUUGCACGUUGCAUGUUCUCAGUGCGAGGAACUGGUCGAGGUAGCUUCAUUGCCGGAAAAAGCGUUCACAAUCAAAGAAUUGAGCGCCUAUGGCGUGAUGUGUGGUCAGCCGUCACAUCAAAAUACUACGAAACCCUACAUGCAAUGGUAGAAGAUGGAGUGCUUGAUCUAUCAAAUCAACUACACCUCUUCUGUGUGCACUACACAAUUCUUCCACGCCUGAACCUGGACCUGAAGUGCUUCAUUGGGAGCUGGAACAACCACCCAAUCAGAACAGAAGCAAAUCUUACACCAAAUCAGCUUUGGUACAUUGGAAUGCUGCAGACUCCAGUAGCUGAUCAAGAUGUAGAGAUAAUCGAGCAACUGUGUCAACAGCAAACGUCUGAUACUGACCCAGAAGAUGGUGUGGUGGUUCCAGAGAUCCAAUGCCCUUUAUCUGAACAGAGCUUUGCUGUUCUGCAGGGAUUAAUUGAUCCCCUGACAUCACUGAACUACCGAGAGCUCUAUGUCCAGUCACUUGAUAUUAUUCAAAGACUGAGCUUUACUAACAUUUGACUUUUGUAACAUAAAAAAAGA